AGGCUUGAUCGUAGGCGGAUCGGACUCGAAGGAUGGCCUUUGUCAUACACGUUCCCGGUGUGUUGAUGUUGGUGAUCGUUUCCUGCAGUGGUGCAUGGUGGUCGAACAGGAGGAAUUGUUGGAAAUUUUUCCGAGCAGCUAAAGCAUGCUCUUGGCCCAGAUAAACCGGGAGUCACAGGGAAUGGCAGAGUUUCAUGAUGUAGACGGCCAGCCAGUCGCACUGUGUCUAACAGAGGCCGUGACAGUCGCAGAUGGUGAUCAGAUGGAGAACAUGGACACAGUGAGCCUGCAGGCAGUUACUCUGGCAGAUGGAUCCACUGCAUACAUCCAACAUGAAUCGAAAUCAUCUUUUUCAGAUGGACAGAUCAUGGACGGGCAGGUCAUCCAUUUGGAGGAUGGCUCUGCUGCAUACGUUCAUCAUGUAUCCAUGCCUAAAACAGGAGGAGAAAGUUUACAUAUUGAAGAUGGACAAACAGUUCAACUAGAGGAUGGAACGACAGCAUACAUCCACACACCCAAAGAAACGUAUGACCAGAGUGGCCUGCAGGAGGUGCAGUUGGAGGAUGGCAGCACAGCUUAUAUCCAGCACACUGUCCAUAUGCCUCAGCCCAACACUAUCUUGGCCAUUCAGGCUGAUGGCACAAUCGCAGACCUACAGACAGAGGCCACAGGAAUUGACCCCGAGACUAUCAGCGUGUUAGAACAGUACACUGCUAAGGUGGAGAACAUGGAGAGUUCUUUGGGCUCCUACAGCAGAAUGGAGCCAGAUAGUGGUGUCCACAUGCAGAUUGUUUUACAGGGCCAAGACAACAGGUCAGGAAGAACCUCAAAUGUUGGAGAGAAGUCUUACCGUUGUGAAUAUGAAGGCUGUGGAAAGCUCUACACCACCGCUCACCAUCUGAAGGUGCACGAGCGCUCGCACACUGGAGACAAACCAUACAUCUGUGACUACGUCGGCUGUGGGAAGAAGUUUGCAACAGGGUAUGGACUGAAGAGUCACUCUCGUACACACACUGGGGAGAAGCCAUACAGAUGUCAGGAGAUGAACUGCUGCAAGUCUUUCAAAACCUCUGGUGAUCUUCAAAAACACACCCGGACUCAUACAGGAGAGAAGCCCUUCAGAUGUCCCAUCGAAGGCUGCGGUAGAUCAUUUACCACCUCCAACAUCCGAAAAGUUCAUAUCCGUACGCACACGGGAGAGCGGCCAUACUACUGCUCUGAACCGACCUGUGGCCGGUCCUUCGCUAGUGCUACAAACUACAAGAACCAUAUGAGGAUCCACACUGGGGAGAAACCAUAUGUUUGUACUGUGCAUGGGUGUGAAAAGCGAUUCACAGAAUACUCCAGCCUUUACAAACACCAUGUGGUUCACACACCCUGCAAACCUUACAACUGCAACCAUUGUGGUAAAACCUACAAGCAGAUCUCCACGCUCGCCAUGCACAAACGCACAGCCCACAACGACACAGAGCCAAUCGAAGAGGAACAGGAGGCCUACUUUGAACCUCCGGCAGAUGCCAUUGAUGACCCAAAUGCAAGCUACACAUCAACGGUGGUUGAAGCAGAUGACUCAGGUUCUGAGCAGGCUCCAGUGGAGAGCUCCGAAAUGGUUAAUCAGCAGCAUGUUGCCCUGGUAACACAGGAAGAUGGAACUCAGCGACAGGUCAGUAUUUCUGAAGCAGAUUUACAAGCAAUGGGUGGUACAAUCACCAUGGUAACGCAAGAAGGUACAGCCAUUACCAUCCCUGCCCAUGAACUGGCAAGACGAGGCGCUCACUCGGUUACCAUGGUUACAACAGAUGGCUCAGAUGAACAGGUGGCCAUCAUGACACCAGACAUGGCCACAUUUCAAACUGUGGAGGAGGCAGGCUACAGCCACGAGCAAGAAGAAUGUCACCCUGUCACUUUACUGGCCACCUCCAAUGGCACUCACAUCGCUGUGAAGCUCAGUGAUCAGCCGUCGUUAGAGGAAGCCAUUAGGAUAGCGUCAAGAAUACAACAAGGAGAGUCUCCAGGUCUGGAUGAUUGAUGGACAUUGUGGCUAAGAUUUAGAAUCCAAACCAUCUAAAAUGGACUACUACGAAGGAAAAUCACAAGUCUUCCUAUGUUUUGUUUUUUCCUCCUAUUAAAGCUUUUAUGUGUACAUAGAAUUUUGAUAACAGGACUUCUGCUAUGCUAUUUUGUCCCUAAACCAACACUGUUUGGGGAGGAUAAAAUGCUUUCUAAUGUUUAUGGUGCACAGUGCAAUGUACAGCUAAUGGUAUUUCUAAUUAAAAAAAUAAAUAAAAAAGCUCUGUGAGGAAUUGA